CUACUAGUAAUGGCGGCCAUCAGCAGACAUUCUGACACUGGGGGGGAACUAACUCGGUGUCACUGAUAUCCCCAGUGACACCAAUACAGUGAUCAGUGCUAAAAAAAAAUCACUGACACUGUACUAAUGGCACUGGGCAAGAAGGGGUUAAUGUGAGGAGCGAUCAAAGGGUUAACUGUGUGCUGGGAGUGUUUUACUAGGGCGGAGGGUGUGUUCUUCACUGUAAACACACUGAUCGGGAUGGCUGUACUGUGCACAGCCAUCCCGGCCAGUGUGAUUAAGCUGACAGGGAGGAAGAUUGUUUGUAAACAAAACAAUCUUCCUCCCCGUCGGAGAUGCUCAGUAAACACCGGGUGCCGACGGGUAAUUACCCGCCGGGACCCAGUGAUUGACAUCCAUGGCCGCAAAAGGAGGCGAGGCGCCCCCUACCUGGAAAUGCAAAAUGACAAAUAUCUACAUGAUUCUGCACACAGGUGCCACCCUGUAGCAGUAUAUCUACUAUAGGGUGGUC